AUGGACGACGCCCGCAAAGGCGACGCCGCGCUCAGCGCAAGCAAGCCCGAAGAAGCGAUUGAGCACUACACCAAGGCUCUUUCAGUCAAUCCCGCAGCCGUCAAGUACUACAUCGGUCGCGCCACAGCUUACCAGCGUACUUCCAAAUAUGCCGAGUCCCUCAGCGACGCCGAACUCGCCGUCGUCUUCGCUAAGAAACGCGGCUCGCGCGAACUCAUCAAGGACGCCCAAUUCCGACGCGCCGUCGCCUUGUUCCACCUCGGAAAAUACGCAGAUGCCGAGUACUUGCUGAAGAUUGUGAAGGGGCUUGAUGAAAAGGACAAGAUGCUGCCCAUCUGGGAGGCCAAGGUCGCAACCAAGCUGAAGGAUGUUCCGCACGACGAUGAGAAGAGGAGCAUCACUAUCAAGGAGACACCAGACGUCGACAUGCCCAGUACUCCAGCACCUGCUGCACCCCCCAAGGCUUCAGAGCCCGCUUCGACCCCAGUCCAGGCCCCAAAGCCUGUUGCGCCGACCCCGAAAGACAAGAUCAAGACUGACUGGUACCAGUCGCCUGAAGUUGUCACGCUUACUAUCAUGGCCAAAGGCAUACCCAACGACAAACUGAGCGUCGAGUUCGAAGAACGAUCCGUGUCCGUCUCGUUCCCCAUCGUCGGCUCAUCGUCAGAAUACAGCUACAGCGCCGACCCUCUAUACGAAAAGAUCGACCCCUCGCAAUCCAAAUUCCGAGUCACGCCCACCAAGUUGGAGAUUACAAUGCGAAAGGCAACUACCGGUCUGAAAUGGCAUGACCUCGAGCGUCCCGACGGCCACGUUACCACUACCCAAGCCUCCGAUGCGACUCUCGCCGUCCGCACCACCAAGGACACAGCUCCUGCAUACCCAACAUCCUCCAAGUCAGGCGCAAAGAAUUGGGACAAGGUGGUAGUCAAUGAUCUCGACGACAAAGACGAAAUUGAAGGCGAUGAGACAUCGCACUUUUUCAAGCAGCUGUACAGCGGCGCUACACCUGAGCAGCAGCGCGCCAUGAUGAAAAGCUACCAGGAAAGCGGUGGUACAGUGUUGAGCACCGACUGGAGCAACGUUGGCAACAAGACCGUGGUACCCGAACCACCUGAGGGCAUGGAGGCGAAGAAAUAUUCUGGAUAA